AUGAGAGCAUUAGUUCUUGCAUUUUUGAUUGGAAUAGCUAUAGAGACCAGAACAUAUGGUGGCGCUUUUGGAAAAACAAUUCCAAAUGAAAGUGAAACUUACCAAAUAAUCCAAGGUUUAUUAGAAGGCUUCCCAACUGAAGCUCAUAUUUCUGAAAUCAAAGACUGUUUGUAUGGAGCUGAUCAAAUUUCUGAAAAUUUCGCUCAAGCAGUAACUUCUUAUAGAGCAUCAACAAAAGAAUCAGUUAUUGAAGCACUCAGGUAUCUCGGUGAAGCAAUUAGUCAAGUUCCAAAGUUCGACCAAGACCUAUAUAAAUUUAAGCAAUUUUUCAAAAAUUUUAAACUAUGUGGGGGUGAGCUUGCGAUUUUUGUAUUCAAGUUCUAAAAAAGCGUUACAAAACCAUCUUGCACUAUUUUUUCUAACCCUUACAACCUCUCAACCAUACAGAAGAAUAUGAUAAAUAUUUUUUUUUUUAACUACUAAAUUAUAUAAAAAAAAGUCUAUAUAAUUUUUUUUAAAAAAAAUUUUUCUUAACCCCCCCUCGAAGUUCGACCAAAAAAAUCUUGGUCGAACUUCGAGGGGGGGGGAGUUAGAAUGCAAUCCUGUUGAAAGAGAUUUAAUGAAGGUCUACCAUUCCCUUAAUGUAUUUAGAAACCCACUUACUUUUGAUUUUGUGGGAAAUAAAAGUAUCAAAGUCAAUGAAAGAGAAAUUUAUUGGUACCUCAACGAAGCAAUUAAAUUCUAUGAAGCUAAAAAGUGGAGAGAUUUUGGAUUUUAUCUUGGGACUUGCUUUGGAUUGGUCUGUGGGUCUGGAAUUCAGGUAAUUGGAUAUUAA